AUGUUACAAUUUGGUAAGGUUAAUUCUAUGGAAGAAGAGAAGAUGAAUAGUUUUGGAAUGAAACAGGGAGAGAAGAAUGAGAAAGCACAUGUUCAGAAAUUUUUGGCUACUGAAGAUGCACUGAAAAAAGCUGCAGAAGUUAGGGAUCUAUGUCAAAAACUUAUUAAACGCUUGCAUGGCAAUACUGAUGUAAUUUCUUCAGGAACAUCACAAAAUGUGGGCAGUCUUAGGCAACUUGAGCUGGAGGUUUGGGCCAAGGAAAGAGAAGUUGCUGGCUUGAGGGCUAGCUUGAAUACACUGAUGUCUGAAAUACAACGCUUAAAUAAAUUAUGUGCGGAAGGGAAAGAAGUUGAAGGUUCUUUGAAAAAGAAGUGGAAGAAGAUUGAAGAAUUUGAUUACCGCAGAUCAGAACUUGAAAUCAUAUAUACCUCUUUACUAAAAGUUAACAUGGUAAGGAUCUCAGCUUCAAUAGUGCUUAUAAAUUUACUAGUAACUUCAUAUACUGGCAUUGUAUAAGCCAUGUCUCGUCAUUCCAUGAAGUGUCGGCUCUUUUUCUUUAAGUUCCAGGCAAAAGGUCAUAUAUAUAAUGUUGAAUUGUAAUCUUGUCUUGGCCCAAGACAAUUGAUCAGGCCCAUACACAAAGAAAGAUUCAUGCACAUGCUAGAGAGUUCUAGCAAAUUCAAGUUGGUGGAAUGCAUGCAUAAAUAUCCAAGGCUUUUUGUAGAAAGAUCUAGAAUCUUGUAAAAUUGUGUGGUUGUUAAGCACUAGCUAGAAAGUUCUAGCAAUGUCAAAGUUGGCAAACGUUGCCUAUAAAUAGGUGAGGUGCUAAGCUAUGUGAUGUAACAACCAAGAGAGCAUGUAGUGAGAAGUGAGAGUGCCAAGUGAGAAGUGAGAAGAAGCAACAAAGCUUCUAAGAGUGUUUGAGUGUUUCCU